AGAUGCUGCCUGGAGAGGGAACGGGAGGAGGUGACAGCAGGGCUCAGGGGACAUAGGGCAGGGGCUUGGGGCAGGGGACCUGGCCUCAGCACCGUGACAGCUCCAAGCCAGAGGGUACAGGGCCGUUGCUGGGCUGGGGGGAAGGAGAGGCUGUGCUGCCUGAGCUGGGGGCAGAGUGGAAGAGGACAGGACCCUGAGCCCUCCCAGUCCCCUAGGCGGGGAACACCAGCUGCCCCUAGGGUCUGACCUCAGCUAACCCUGAGGGCCCACAUGGGGCGCAGGGUCUAAUUUUAGCUCCAGCCACAGGGCUCCAGCCCAGGAGUGCCUGCCAGCGGGCACAGGGGUGGCCAGGCAAGGGGAGGAGUGGAAGACCAGCUCUGCUUCCUUCCAGCCUGCCCGCUGGCCACGCCACCCCCAUGGGAACCCUGACUAGUCCCCCAUGGCCUGGCAGACAGCCCCGCUCUCAGCUGAGGGCAAGGUCAGGGGGUGCGGCCAGGAGGGCAGAGGGACACAGCCUUGCAGUCUGGACAGGGGUUGCAUCAGCCUGAGUGGUGCCCAGGGGCAGGGAGCCCUGCCGGGAGGGCAAAGGCUGGCUUGGUUGUCCAAAGGCCGAGGAAGCAGAGUCCCGGGCAGGAAGGCGAGUCCAGAAAGCUGGGUCCUACCUGGCCUCCUCGUGCCUGGCCGGUGACUCACUGACCUGAGGCAGGCAGCCUGCUCCGGAUGGGCCUCAGUCUUCCCAUCUGUACAAUGAGAGUGCUGGACUAGAAGGCUGGUCCGGCUCCAGUCUCCGCCCUCGGGGCCCUGCUCUUCCCACUUGCUGGCAGAGGCCUCCCAGCUUCCCGCAGCCCUGGCUGUGGGUGGCCACAUGCAGUCGUGGAGAAGGAAGUCCCUCUGGCUGGCACUGUCAGCCUCCUGGCUGCUCCUCGUCCUCCUGGGAGGCUUCCCCCUCUUCCGCCCAGCAGUGUCCCCCAGACCUCGGCCCGGAGCCCCCCAAAGAUGGCCCCGCUGGCUGGACACAGAGCUCCUACAGAGUUUCUCGCAGCCUGGGGAGCUCCCAGAAGAUGCCCCUCGACCUCCUCAAGCCUCUCAUGGUAGCAGCUGCAACUGGGGAACCUGCUUUGACACCUCGAAGUGCAGGGGUGAUGGCCUCAAGGUAUUCGUGCACCCAGUGGCGGCAAGACCGGCAAGACCGAUCUCUGAGACUCAUCGCAAGAUCCUGGCUUCUGUGGAGGGCUCCCGCUACCACACAUUCAGCCCUGCCGAGGCCUGCCUCCUCCUCUUCCUCAGCCUGGACUCCCCAGCCGGAGAGUGCAGCCCGGCGCCUACGCCAUGGAACAGGGGCAGGAACCAUCUGGUCCUCAGUCUCCACCCAGCCCCCUGUCCCAGGACCUUCCAGCUGGGACAGGCUAUGGUGGCCGAGGCCAGCCCCACAGUGGACUCCUUCCGGCCUGGCUUCGAUGUGGCCCUCCCUCUUCUCCCUGAAGCCCACCCAUUGCGAGGUGGGGCUCCUGGCCAGCUGCGGCAGCACAGCCCCCAGCCCGGGGUAGCCCUGCUAGCCCUGGAAGAGGAGAGGGGUGGGUGGCGCACAGCAGGCGCCAACCCCUCUGCCUGCCCCUGGGAUGGGCACUGUGAGCAAGACCCCGGACCCGAGCAGACACACCCCAGGGAAACGCUGCCCAACGCCACCUUCUGCCUCAUCUCUGGCCAACGUGUGGAUGCCUCCCCGCGCUUUCUCCAAGCCCUGCAGGCUGGCUGCAUCCCUGUGCUUCUCAGUCCCCGCUGGGAGCUGCCCUUCUCUGACGUCAUCGACUGGUCCAAGGCAGCCAUCGUAGCUGACGAGAGGCUCCCACUUCAGGUCCUGGCUGCCCUCCAGGAGAUGCCCCCUGCAAGGGUCCUCGCCCUGCGUCAGCAGACCCAGUUUCUGUGGGACGCCUACUUCUCCUCGGUGGAGAAGGUCAUCCACACCACGCUGGAGAUUAUUCAGGACCGGAUCUUUGGCACAUCUGCUCACCCCUCACUGCUGUGGAACAGCCCCCCAGGGGCACUCCUGGCCCUGCCUACUUUUUCCACCAUCCCCCGGGACUUCCCCUUCUACCACCUGCAACAGGGCUCCCGGCCUGAGGGCAGAUUCAGCGCCCUGAUCUGGGUGGGGGCCCCAGGCCAGCCCCCCCUGAAGCUCAUCCAGGCGGUGGCAGGCUCCCAACACUGUGCCCAGAUCUUGGUUCUCUGGAGCAGUGAGCAGCCACUCCCAUCCAGGUGGCCGGAGACAGCAGCACCCUUGACAGUCAUGGACGGGCACAGGAAGGUCAGUGAUCGCUUCUUCCCGUACAGCGCCAUCAGCACCGACGCCAUCCUCAGCCUCGAUGCCCGCAGCAGCCUCUCCACAAGCGAGGUGGACUUUGCCUUUGUGGUGUGGCAGAGCUUUCCGGAGCGGAUGGUGGGCUUUCUGACAUGGAGCCACUUUUGGAACGAGGCCCUGGGUGGCUGGGGCUACACUACUGAGAGGGCCAACGAAUUCUCCAUGGUUCUCACCACAGCCGCCUUCUACCAUAGGUAUUACCACACUCUCUUCACCCACUCCCUGCCCAAGGCUCUGAGGACCCUGGCAGAUGAGGCACCCACCUGUGUGGACGUCCUGAUGAACUUCCUAGUAGCGGCAGUCACCAAGCUGCCCCCUAUCAAGGUGCCCUAUGGCAAGCAGCAGCAGGAGGCUGCUCCACUGGCAUCUGGGGGCCCCGGGUCCGGGCCAAAGCACCAGCCCCCAGACCCGGACUGCAUCAACCGGAUGGCGGCAGCGUUCGGCCACAUGCCCCUGGUGUCCUCUCGCCUGCGUCUGGACCCGGUGCUGUUUAAGGACCCGGUGUCGGUGCAGCGCAAGAAGUACCGCAGCCUGGAGAAGCCUUAGGAGGGACCGGCGAAAUCCCAGCCGGGCUCCCUGGGGACGCGGCACCUGCCGGCAGGCUUAGCCCCCGCUUGGGACAUCAGAGAACCAAUCAUAGCAGCCAGCCGGCAAACACGUCAGAGCCCUAUUGGCCAAUCACAGCCACGGCGCCCUGAGGGGCGGGGCCUCGCCCUCCCGCCGGGCCCCUUCCCGCACAGCCCGGGUGCGCCGCGCUCGCCCUGGUUGCCAGGCCUCGCCUCGGCCGCCCCCUCGCCUGGAACGCUGUUCUGUGCUUCUACCCAGCUAACUUCUGUCUUUCAGAUCGUCGCCUCCUCCGGGGACUUGCCUAACCCUCACCCUGUCCCCGACGGGUUCGGUCUCCUUUGUGCUUUCGCAGCCCGGCACUGUCUUGCAGUGUGCACACCAUCAGGCCCCAGGACGGGUCCCUGAGCCCCAAGGGCGGAUCGUGUCCUCUUCUCCCUGGCCUGGCAGGUGCGCCACAAACAUAUGAGUAGACGGAAGAGACAUCAACUGGGAGCCUGGCUCCAUGCCGGCGGUGGCAGGAACGUGUGGCCAGCGUGUGCCGAGAGACAAAACUCCGUCCUCCACGCCCCGGGGCUCCUAGUCGCGGGGGAAGGCAGCUUAGACCCCUACGUUGUCAGCCUCAGUCCUCGCGCCCCAGCCAAGGAGCAAAGGGGUGCAGGGAAGCGACGGCGGGGGGAACAAGAGGGGAUGGGAACGCAGGUGGUCCUCCCGGGCUCAGGCGCGGCCGUCGGCGCUGCAUCACCUACCUGGACCACUAGAGGUCAGCGCCGCACCUCUCUACCCCUCGAAAGGGAACAGUUUCAAACACCCCCUGCUCCGAGGGCCGGCAGGGGGACGCGGGUUAGCGGUGUGUGCAGCCCGAGGGCAGGAAACUGGGGAGAGGAAUCUGAAGGAUAGCCCCACCCCUGUGGCCUGCACACUUGGAACUCAGAAACAAGGGGCCAUUUCUAGGUGGGCUGGGCGCGAGCGGAGGCUGUCCCAAGCGCCCUAUAGGUAGGGAAUGGAGUGGGGGAGGGGACGCUAAGUUCUCCCGGGUUCACCCACCUGGAACUGGAAUUAUCACUUCCGAAAUAAAGCGCG